AAUUCAAGUCGCAUAGACCGAAAUAAAGUGGGAAGUCAAGAGCUAACUGUAAUUUUUUAAAUUCAAAAUAAAGCAACAAAAUAAAACCUAAUAUAAAAAUGGCCUUUUUCAAAUCUUUGGUGUGUUUGGCUGUGUUAAGCGUUGCCUCUGCUGGCAUUCUGCAUCAUGGUGGACACGGUGCCGGUUUAUACGCUGCUGCACCGCUGGCGGUUGCACAUGGACCUGCCCACGAUGAAGGACUCGACUAUUAUGCCUACCCCAAAUACCACUACAACUACGGUGUUGCCGACUCACAUACCGGUGAUGUGAAGUCACAGCACGAAGUUCGCGAUGGUGAUGUGGUGAAGGGCUCUUACUCGCUCGUCGAACCAGACGGUUCGGUGCGCACUGUCGAGUAUACCGCCGAUGACCAUAACGGUUUCAAUGCCGUCGUCUCCAAGAGCGCCCCCACCAUCCAUCAUGCCGCUCCAGUUGCUGUUGCGCACGCUCCCGUACUCUCUCAUGGUCCAGUAGUUGCGCACCAUGUUGCCGCCGCUCCAGCUUUAUCAUUGGCGCAUCACGCUCCCGCCGCCUACGGAUAUGCCACCCACGAUGCGCACGCCCAUGUCUCUCACUACUAAGAUAGCGAAAUGAACGCACGCUAAUAAUGGACCUGACCCCACUCCAAACAAACAAGCGUUAGAAUUUAUUUAUUAACGAAUAUCUAAUAUUAAUAUAUUGAAAAUCCCAUGCUACGAUGACGACCGAAUAAGUGAAAAAGUGGAAAGGGCGAGAUGGUGUAUCAUAAAAUCGCGAUUACUUAUCGAUCAACCAAAAGUCGGCCGAUAUUUCGGCACCGAAGCGCAGUGUGUGUAAAUAGGGAUUUCAUAAAUGUCUUCACAAUACAUACUCUACAGCCAUAUGCUUUCAAUACUCUCGUAUUUUUAUAACUUCAUCUGCUCUUUUCAUUAUCGUUCUCUAAAGCUAAUGCAUGCAAACCUGUAAUCUUGCCAAUAAAAACACUGCCAUUCAUA